AUGUUUUCUCUGUCUACCCUUACAGUACUGGUUCCCAUAGUCUCCCUAUUUUUACUUUUCUAUUAUGUGACAGUAGAUGAUAAUUUUUGACAGGGUUGCACCAGCACUAGCAGUGUGUUUCUACCAGUAACCAUUCCUGUUGUCUUUUUCUAUCUAUGGAAAUGGGUGGGAAUCAAGCUGUUCAGGCACAACUAGUGUACAUUUUACAUACCUUUACAGCAGAAUGUGAAUAUUAAAUAAACGUUUUAGAUUAUUGGUACUAAAGUGGAAAUCAUGGAUGUUUUGGAAUGUGUUGCAUAUUAUCACUACCAAAACCAGCAAAUGGUUCUGGAAGUAAUACAUGGAAUGACAUUCAAUGACAAAUUAAUAAACUUUAUUUGAGUGACA